AUGUCUGCUCUGGUCGCCGAGACUUCGCUCUGCCGGCUUCUUUCUCCAAUUUUAACGGCAGCUGGUUUGACCAUGGAGAUGCGAGUGAUGGAUGACAGAAAGAAGACUGAGAUGGAUCCACAUUGGGUGAAGUGGAAAUUACUUGCUGCCAGUGUGCUGCUGCUCACAUUGUACCACAGCAUCACUGCUGCUGUCAGCAUGAAGGAACACCUGGCUGAUUGUCUAGAGGACAAAGACUACGAUGAACUGCUGCAGACUGUGAAGAACGGCCUCUCGCACAUAAAUACAUCUCAUCAUGUUGUUAUUGUCGGAGCUGGCGUGGCUGGACUGACCGCUGCCAAGCUACUGCAAGACGCAGGACACAAGGUAACCAUAUUGGAGUCGAGUGGCCGUGUUGGAGGACGGGUGGAGACCUAUAGGAAUGAAGAAGAGGGCUGGUAUGCUGAACUGGGAGCCAUGAGGAUCCCGAGUACUCACAACAUCGUCCGUUGGUUCGCUGAUGAACUAGGAGUCAAGCUGAAUCCAUUUUCAAUGAGUGACGACAACACAUUUUACCUCAUCCGUGGGUUGCGGAAAAGGACGUACGCAGUCAAAGCAAAUCCUGACAUCCUAAAGUAUAAACUGCCAAAAAGCGAGAGGGGGAAGUCAGCCAACCAACUGUUACAGCAAGCUCUGCAGAAGGUGAAAGAUGAAGUGAAGGCCCAUGGCUGCAGAGCUGCACUGAAGAAGUACGACCAUUAUUCUGUGAAGGAAUAUCUGAAAGAAGAAGGCAAACUGAGUCCAGAAGCAGUGAUGAUGAUUGGAGACUUACUCAAUGAACAGAGCCUCAUGCACCUUGCGCUGACUGAGAUGAUCUAUAUCCAGAGUGACGUCAGUGACAGCACCUUGUACGAUGAAGUGACUGGCGGGUCAGAUCUCCUAACCAAAGCUUUUCUUACUGUCCUUGAUGUCCCCAUCCACCUCAACUCUAAAGUCAAACGUAUCAGCCAAUCAGAUAAAGGUGUGAUUGUAUCGUAUCAGACAGGCCAGCAGUCCUCUUUGAUAGACCUUUCCUCUGACAUCGUCCUGGUAACAACCACAGCCAAAGCAGCCCUUUUCAUUGACUUUGAUCCACCUCUCUCAAUCAGAAAGAUGGAGGCACUGAGGGCAGUCCACUAUGAAAGCUCUACUAAAAUCAUUCUCACCUUCAGUGAGAAGUUCUGGGAGAAAGAUGGCAUCCGAGGAGGAAAGAGCAUCACCGACCAGCCCUCUCGUUUCAUCUACUACCCCAGCCACAGUUUCCCAACCAAUAAGACCAUUGGUGUCCUCCUAGCCUCCUACACCUGGUGUGACGAUUCCCUCCUCUUCUUAGGUGCAAGUGAUGAAGACCUGAAAGAGCUGGCUCUGAGAGAUUUGGCAAAGAUACACGGUGAGAGGGUCAAGUCUCUCUGCACAGGGGUGGUGGUGAAAAGGUGGAGCGCGGAUCCUCACAGCUUGGGUGCCUUUGCUCUCUUCACACCCUACCAACAUUUAGAGUACUCUAAAGAGCUCUUCAGAAGUGAAGGCAGGGUGCACUUUGCUGGUGAACACACAGCCUUUCCUCACGCUUGGAUCGAGACAUCUAUGAAAUCUGCGAUCAGGGCUGCUUCCAACAUUAACAAAGUGUCAGCUAGAACGCAACACCACGACGAGCUCUAGGAUCUUAAAACGAGCACUUUUGCUUGGUUGCCUUAGGAGUGAGUCUCAUUUAUUUGCAAUCCCGCCAUGCAGCUCUAAUCGGCAUCAGACUGGCGGAUUUUUGGCAGUGAAAGAUGGCUUGAUGUUGCUAAAAGUAUAAUCAGAUGUCAUUCACUUACACAGUGUUUUGAGCGAUUACUGUCUAUGAUAACAAUCUGUGCACCACUAAUGUUUUUUCAAGCU